AUGUUAGCCAGAAGUUCAGUGUGGUGGCCCUCAGUAAAUGAAGACUUUGAAUCUAGAUGUCAGUUGUGUCAACCGUGUUCCCUUGUUAACUUUAAGCGUUCACAUGAUUACGUCCCUUGGCCUGAAGCUAAAGAACCAAUGCAAAGAGUCCAUGUUGACUUCUACACCUUUAAAGGCAUUCAUUUCUUCCUUUUUGCUGACUCUUUUUCUAAGUGGAUCCAUGUGCAACGUAUGGUUCGUACUACUGCGGCUGAUGUUAUCUCUGUCUUGUCUACUAUUUUUGCCAUUUGGGGUGAUCCUCAAACCCUGGAAUCAGACAAUGGUCCCCCAUUUGAUAGUUUUGAUUUAAUUGAUUUCUGUACUGCUAGAGACAUCAUUUUAACCCAUUCACCUGCUUAUCAUCCAGAAAGUAACGGCUUUGCCCAGAGAUCUGUCCAGAUUGCCAAAAAAUCCAUUGAAAACAUGUUUUUAGAAUUCCAAGCCAUAGAUCCCACUCACCUUCAAGUUUUCCCUAUUGAUGUCUGUGAUAAAUUAGUCAACAAGUUUUUAUCUACUUAUAGAAAUACCCCAACUACUACAACUCUUAGGUCUCCAAAUGAUGUUUUAUUAAAUUUUAAACCAAAUAGUAGUUUGUCACGUGUGUUGCCGAAAGUUCUCAAGUCUAAUGUCCAAAAGUUCCGUGACGGGGAGGCGGUGCUUGUCAAGCUACAAAAGAGAUCACCUCCAAUUAAAGGUUAUGUGGUUCGCAGUCUGGGCCCGAUUCGUUAUCUUGCUUCCUUUGAAGGAGUAAUUCGUGGACCUCACACCAAUCAGAUGGAACGGUGUCUCCACUAA